UUUCUGGGCUGCGCCCUAAUAGCUGGCGGCCCAGGCCUUGCCAUCUUCUGGACUUUUCUGAGGCGCAAGGCUUUCCUGGUGCUUCUCAUUCUGGCCUGCGCAUUUGGAUGGCUGGUGGGGCUUCUUCUCACAUCAAUGCUCUUCCGAGGAUUUGUGCCCUUGGAAAACCACACUGGGGCGCUGGCAGCUGCACUGCUGGUUGGUGUGGCUGUCCAGGAGGCCAUGAGGCUCGGCUGCUGGCAGCUGCACAGGAAGCUGGUGGUGGCACUUGGCCAAGUGGCUGAGAAGAUGGAGGGGGCAGGGAGGAUCACAAGGGAGGAUGAGCAGCUGCUGGCGUUGGCUCAGGGAUGGGCUCACGGCGCCACACACUCCCUGUUCUUCUACUACAGUUGGCUACCACUAUUCCUGGGGAAGGGGACGUUCUACCUGGAUGAGUGCCCACAGAUGUCGUACUUCCUGGCUGGCGCACUGUUAACCUUGGCGUUCAACCUCUUGCACACCUUCUCAAUGGUGAUAGCUUUUGAUGGGCUGAGGGAGGGAAAGAGGGAACGCUGGGCUGCUGUGCCCAUUGCCCAUUUAGGCGCAGCCCUGUUGACACUUGUCAACCUGAGGCCCAACGGCUGCUUGGGGAGCGUACCCCUGCUGCUGCUCCUAGGCUUGGGUUCUGCGGUGGCAGCCGGCUACAUUUGCUGGCAG